CUCUUCUAGGGCCGCCGCCGCCGCCGCCGCUUCAGCCGGAGCAGCCUCAGCGGUGGCGGCGGCUCUUCGGUCUAACGAUGACCGGAGGAGAGCCAGGCUUGCGGCCGGACUAGGCCUCAGGAUGCGGCUGAAGCGCCGGGUGGUGGCAGCACUACUCGAGGCCUGGUCUGGCUCCGCGAGUAGGCCUCAAAUCCAAGAUGUCGGGGCGGCUGAGCGGAGCCAUGGCGGCGCCGGUCUCCUCGAAGGAGAAGCGCUCCUUCAGCAAAAGGCUGCUGUUCCGGGGCCGGGCGGGCUCCGGGAGCGGCCCUUCUUCCUCCGCGCCUUCCCCUCCGGCGGGGCCUCGUUCUUUAGGCGGCUUCAUGAGCCGCGUCCUCAAGACCCUCUCGACGCUUUCGCACCUCGGGCCUAGCGCCGGGGGAGCAGGCAGCGGCCUUUCCUCGUCGCAGCAUGGCUUGGGGCGCUGCUUCCAGCCCAGCCCGGAGCCUGAGCCAGCGCCGCCGCCUCCUCCUCCUCCUCCUCCUCCUCCUCCUCCUCCGGAGGCCCCGCUACCACCGCCUCCUCCUCCUGCGCCUCCCCCGCCAUCCUCGUCGUCCUCCUCGGCGUCGGCUUCUACGGCAGUCCCCGGCGUUUCGGGCCUCCGCAACCACGGCAACACUUGCUUCAUGAACGCCGUCCUGCAGUGCCUCAGCAACACGGAGCUCUUCGCGGAGUAUUUGGCGCUCGAGCACUACCGGGCCACGCAGGGAGGAGGGACAGGAGGAGGAGGAGGCCCCGAACCGGAGGAAGCGCCCGUCCCCGAAGAAGAGAGAGGCCCCAGCAGUGGCGGGGAGGUGACCGAGCAGCUGGCGAACCUGGUGCGGGCCCUCUGGACCCUGGAGUACACCCCACAGCACAGCCGGGAGUUCAAGAGCAUUGUUUCCAAGAAUGCCAUGCAGUACCGAGGGAGCUCUCAACAUGAUGCGCAGGAAUUCCUGCUCUGGCUCCUGGACCGAGUCCAUGAGGAUCUCAACAAUCUUGUGAAGAACAAUGGCAGACCUUCUCUCAAGCCGCCAGUGGAGGAAGACAUCUUGAUUGAGGGGACGGUGUUCCCCAUCAACUGCACUUUUGUCCAGGAACUCUUUCAGGCCCAGUACAGGUCAUCUCUGACGUGCCCCCAUUGCCAGAAGCAGAGCAACACCUUUGACCCCUUCCUGUGCAUCUCCCUGCCGAUCCCACUGCCUCACACGCGGCCGCUGUAUGUGACGGUGGUCUACCGAGGGAAGUGCUCCCACUGCAUGCGCAUCGGGGUGGCUGUGCCUUUGUCUGGGACGGUGGCCAGGCUGAGGGAAGCUGUGUCCCGAGAAACCAAAAUCCCCACCAAACAGAUUGUGCUCACGGAGAUGUACUACGACGGCUUCCACCGCUCCUUCUCCGACUUGGAUGACCUUGACACGGUGCAAGAAAGCGACUGCAUCUUCGCCUUCGAGACCCCUGAGAUCUUCCGGCCAGAGGGCAUCCUGAGCCAGAGAGGAAUCCACGUGAACAGUAACCUGAACCACUUGAAAUAUGGCCUCGACCCUCAGAGGGCCUCUCUCUAUAGCCAGGGAAGCCUGGAGAACUCCAACACAAGGGCAGUGGCUGCGGUGGCAAGCGACAAGCUUGUGGUAUUGGUGUGUAACAGAGCAUGUACCGGACAGCAGGGGAAGAGGUUUGGACAGCCCUUUGUUCUGCAUGUUGAGAAGACAAUCCCAUGGGACCUCCUCCAGAAGGAGAUCUUGGAGAAGAUGCAGUACUUCCUGCGGCCCUCCGCCUGCCUUCAGGUGUGUCCCUUCAGCCUGCGGGUGGUCAGUGCGGUGGGCAUCACUUACCUGCUGCCUCAGGAAGAGCGGCCUCUCUGCCACUUGAUGGUGGAACGAGCUCUGAAGUCCUGUGGCCAAGGCGGGACCCCUCACGUGAAGCUGGUGGUCGAGUGGGACAAAGAGACAAAAGACUACCUAUUUGUGAGCACGGAAGAGGAGUACAUCCCGGAUGCGGAGAGCGUGCGCCAGCAGAGGGAGCUCCAUCACCAGCCACAGACUUGCACUUUGUCCCAGUGUUUCCAGCUCUACACCAAAGAGGAACAGCUUGCUCCGGAUGACGCCUGGCGCUGCCCACACUGCAAGCAGCUUCAGCAGGGAAGCAUUACGCUGAGCUUGUGGACUUUGCCGGAUGUCCUCAUCAUCCACCUGAAGCGCUUCCGGCAGGAAGGCGAGAGGAGGAUGAAGCUGCAGAACAUGGUGCGCUUCCCGUUGUCGGGCCUGGACAUGACGCCACACGUGGUCAAGCGGAGCCAGAGCUCCUGGAGCCUGCCUUCCCACUGGUCCCCCUGGCGACGGCCCUAUGGCUUGGGCAGGGACCCUGAGGACUUUGUCUACGACCUCUAUGCUGUCUGCAAUCACCACGGCACCAUGCAGGGCGGGCACUACACAGCAUACUGCAAGAACUCCAUUGAUGGUCUCUGGUACUGCUUUGAUGACAGCGAGGUUCAGCAGCUGGCGGAGAACGAGGUCUGCAAGCAGACGGCCUACAUCCUUUUCUACCAGAGGCGCACUGCCAUCCCCUCCUGGUCGGCCAACAGCUCCGUGGCAGGAUCCACAAGCUCCUCCUUGUGCGAGCACUGGGUCAGCCGGCUCCCCGGGAGCAAGCAGCCCAGCAUCGCCUCGGCCGCCUCCUCCCGACGCACCUCCCUGGCCUCCCUCUCGGAGUCUGUGGAGCUGAUGGGGGAGAGGAGCGAAGAUGACGGUGGCUUCUCCACACGGCCCUUUGUGAGGAGUGUCCAGCGCCAGAGCUGCUCCUCCCGCUCCUCGGUGACCAGCCCUUUGGCCGUGAGCGAGAACGGCAUCCGCCCCUCCUGGUCACUCUCAGCCAAGCUGCAGAUGCGCUCCCACUCGCCCUCGCGCUUCCCAGGGGACUCUCCAGUCCACGGCUCGGCCUCCACUUUGGAGCGCAUCGGGGAGUCCGUGGGCCACAAGGUCUCCACCUCCUGCUUUGGCAGCCUGAGGAGCCUCUCUGGGAGCCACCUAGAGCCCAGCGGCAGCAGCGGAGGGGGCCACCGGGAGCACCGGACUCUUGGUCGCGCUCCCCUGGCGGUCAUGGAGGGCGUCUUCCGAGACGAGCCUCCGGUGCGCAAAGCGAGUGCGGACUCCCACGGCAAGGCUGAGAGGAACGGCUCCGCCUUGGACCCCUUUGACAACAACAAUCAGAUCGCCUUUGUUGACCAGAGCGAUUCUGUCGAAAGCUCUCCUGUCAAGGAGGGGAGGAGCUUCCCUUCUGCAAAGCCAGAGGAGACCCCACCAAAGGCCGCUCCCUCCAAACGCGCCUCAGAGCCAGAAAAGAGCUCCAGGAAAGUGAGGCCGACUUCGUCUGGACAGGACUCCCAGAAGCCGCGCCAGUCAAACUCCUCGCCCCCGCCUCCCUCUAAAGCUUUGCGCGCCCGGAACAGGCCAGAUUCCUCCCGGACGAGCGGACGGCACAGCUCCUCUGCCUCAGGGCAGGCCCGGAAGGAGUCCAAGGCCCACGACGGAAAUACCGGACCCUCUUCGCAGCAGCAGAGGCAGAAGUCUUUUUCUUCCUCCUCGGCCUCAAGAAGGAAUUCGGGUUCUUCGACACGGGGCCACGCUCCCUCCACCAAGGGCAGGACUUCCGACCGCAGCCUCAGCCGGGAGGGCUCCAAGCUCAGCCUGGCCUCGGACAAGGCCAGCGCCAACACUGGCUCUCCACGGAUCGGCCAGUCACGUGGCGGCGGCAGCAGUGAGGGCCGGACGCCGGACGGGAGGCAGGUGCGCAGCUCCUCUAUGGCCAGCCUCCGUUCGCCUACUGCUGGGCCCCGCUCCAGCCUCAAGAGGGACAGCAAGUCGGACGAGAAGGGACUCUCCUUCUUCAAGUCGGCCCUGCGCCAGAAGGAGACCCGCCGCUCGGCUGACCUGGGCAAAACCACGCUUCUCUCCAAGAAGGCGGCGGCGGCAGCAGGGAAGAAUCUCCCCGAGGAGAAAGCAGAGAAGCGAGGGGCCCAUCCGGCGUCCGAUCGCCCCAAUGCCAGCACCGCCGGGCCCAAGGAGGCUUCGCCCGCCAAACACGCGCUGCUCCUGAACCACCACCGGAAAUCCAAGUCUUCCCCGCUGGAGGCCACUUCCACGUCGCCCAGCCCUCGCAAGCCCCCCGCCAGCACUCCUGCCUCCGCACGGCCCCCCGCCAAGGCUCAGUGAGCCCCCAACCUCUCAAUCAGGCAUGGGCAAACCUUGGCCCUCCCUCCAGGUGUUUUGGACUUCAACUCCCACAGUUUUCCUCCUCCUCGGACUGGAUGGCCGGUGAGGUCUCUUCCAACUCUAUGAUUCUAUGUUUCUAUGAUUCUAAUUCCUAACAGCCUCAGGUAUUGGACAAAUUGGAAAAUAACCGCACCCAGUCUCUAGGCACAUAUCCUUUUGGCAAUUGUGAAUCUCCAUGAAUAUGUGGAGACUACUCUUUGAAAACCACUAGUCAAGAAGAGCAUGACCUUGUUAAAAGUCAACUCUUUGAACAAGUUAUAUUCACAUGCAUUCAUGUAAUGGCACACAGGUAACUCAGCUGUUAAACUGAAGAGCCAUUUAUUUAUUUAUUUAUUAUUUACAGCAUUUAUAUUCUGCCCAUCUCACCCCGAAGGAGACUCAGGGCGGAUCACAUUACACAUAUAGGCAAACAUUCAAUGCCUUUUAACAUAGAACAAAGACAAACAAACAUAGGCUCCGAGCCGGGCCUCGAACUCAUGACCUCCUGGUCAGAGUGAUUCAUUGCAGUGAUUGAUUACAGCUGCUCUCCAGCCUGCGCCACAGCCCGAGCCAUGUCUUUGAACUGCCAAGGGCCAAGGGCACUACAAAAAUAUAUUUGGUUAGCUGAGGAUGGUUGUUUCUUUGAAGUUGAAAUUGCAGUUGCAUUUGCCCAAAACAUAUACACCCCUUUAAAAAUCUUUUAGUUUAAAAUAUACACUCAGAGAUAAAAAAACAAAGUCUUCUUUGAAAAAUAACAUAUCUUGUUUACUCAUAAACAUCUUGUAUUAAUUCGCUGUGAAGGCACAUUUCUUAUUGGAGUUCAGAUACAGAAUAAUAAUAAUAAUAUAAUAAUAAUAACUUUAUUUUUGUAUGCCGCCACCAUCUCCCCAAAGGGACUUGGGACAAGCCCACAGAUAGGAUAUAGCUUCUCUGUGUGUGUGUGUUUUUUCGUGUCAGGAGCGACUUGAGAAACUGCAAGUUGCUUCUGGUGUGAGAGAAUUGGCCGUCUGCAAGGACAUUGCCUAGGGGACACCUGAAUGUUUUGAUGUUUUUACCAUCCUUGUGGGAGACUUCUCUCCUGUCCCCGCAUGGAGCUGGAGCUGAUAGAGGGAGCUCAUCCGCGCUCUCCCUGGGUUGGAUUUGAACCUGCCAGCCUUCAGGUCAGCAAGCCAACCUUCAUGUCACAAGGCUUUAACCCACUACGCCAUCGGGGGCUCCCUGUUGAGUACACAGGGUAUUAUUCUUAAUCAACAGUCCAUAGUCUUUAAGUAUACUUGUACUCACUGAAAUCCAUAAGCAUACUUCUAUAUUGAAGUCCAAACAGCAAAGUACAUGCAUCCACCUCCACUGAGGUCUGGUGCAAAUGUGAAUACAAAAUGGAGCCUUGAGCCUGAACAUGCUCAGUACGAUCACAUGUCUAUAACCCUCCCACACAUGGAAUACAAAUAUACACGUUAACAAAUAAAUACAGUAGAGUCUCACUUAUCCAACAUAAACGGGCCGGCAGAAUGUUGGAUAAGCGAAUAUGUUGGAUAAUAAGGAGGCAUUAAGGAAAAGCCUAUUAAACAUCAAAUUAGGUUAUGAUUUUACAAAUGAAGCACCAAAACAUCAUGUUAGACAACAAAUUUGGCAGAAAAAGUAGUUCAAUACGCAGUAAUGCUAUGUAGUAAUUACUGUAUGUAUGAAUUUAG